AUGUCGAGGACCCAAGGGACGAGGGGAAACUCGAGGAACCCAGGACCCAGGAAAUUCGAGAACCAAGGGGACCGAGGGAAAACGUCGAGGAACCCAAGGGAAAAGGAAAUCGUCAAAGGAACCCAAGGAAAUGAGGAAACGUCGAGAACCCAAGGGAAACGAGGGAAACGUCGAGGAAAACCCAAAAGGAAAACGAGGGAAAUCGUCGAGGAAACCCCAAGGGAACUGAGGAAAUCGCGAGGAAAAACAUCGAGGGAAAAAAUGAGGGAACCCCAAGGAAAACGAGGGAAAACGUCGAGGAAAACCCCAGGAAAUCCGAGGAAACCCAAGGAAUCGAGGAAAACGUCGAGGGAAACCCCAAAGGGGGACGAGGGAAAACGUCGAGAACCCAAGGGAAAACGAGGAAAUCGCGAGGAACCCAAAGGAAAAUCGUCGAGAAAAACCCAGGGAAAGAGGGAAAACGUGAGGGGAAAAGUCGAAGAAAAACCCAAGAAUGAGGAAAUCUCGAGGAAAUCGUCAGGAACCCAAGGAAACGAGGAAAUCGUCGAGGAACCAAGGGGACUGAGGAAAUGUAACGAGGAAAAACGGGCGAGGAAAUUCGAAGGGAAAAUCGUCGAGGAAACCCCGGAAAUCGAGGAAAUCGUCAGGAACCAGUUAACAAGGAAAUUCGUCGAGGAAACCCGAGGAAAUCGGGAACCCAAGGAAAUCGAGGAAAUCGUCGAGAACCCAAGGAAACGGGGGAAAAACUCGAGGAAACCCAAGAACCCCAAAGGGGAUCGAGAAAUCGAGGAAAAAGCAAGCCCCAAAAACGAGGAAAUCGUUGAGGGAACCCCAAGUGGGUUUUAG